AGAGAAAAGGCUUCUUCUCCUCCCAUUACCUGAUAUUUCCCCAUAUCCUUUCUCUAUCUCUGUCUGUCUGUCUCUCUCUCAAGAUUUUCACAUUUCCUUUGUGGGUUUUGAAUUUGAGAAGAGAAGAAGAAAAUGGAUUUGUGGGAUUGUUUUAUUUUCACUGCAAUUUCUCUUGUUUGGGUUCUUGUUUCUCACAGAGGAAAUGCAAGUGAGGAGUGUGAUUUGUUCAAUGGGAGUUGGGUGAUAGACGAAGCAUACCCUCUCUACAACUCCUCAUCGUGUCCCUUCAUUGAGAGAGAAUUCAGCUGCCAGAAGAAUGGGCGUCCUGAUUCCUUAUACAACAAAUAUACAUGGAAGCCAUUGGGCUGCGAUUUACAGAGGUUCAAUGGUGUGAAAUUUUUGGAAAGAUUUAGGGGGAAAAGCAUAAUGUUUGUGGGUGAUUCUCUAAGUAGGAAUCAAUGGCAAUCAUUGACAUGCAUGCUUCACUCUUCUGUGCCUAAUGCUAACUACAUUAUUGCCAGAGAAGAAGAUGUUUCUGCAUUUACAUUCACGGAUUAUGGAGUUAAAGUAAUGCUGGACCGCAAUGUGUAUCUGGUGGAUGUUGUACGUGAACCAAUUGGCAGAGUCUUGAAGCUUCAAUCCAUUGAGGGUGGCAAGCUAUGGAAAGGCAUCGAUAUGCUCAUCUUUAAUACUUGGCAUUGGUGGAACCGGAGAGGACCCACUCAACCAUGGGAUUAUAUUCAAAUAGGAAAUGAGAUUAGAAAGGACAUGGAUCGUAUGCUUGCAUUCCAGGAAGCACUCACAACAUGGGGUGGCUGGGUCGAUUCAAAUAUUGAUCCUACCAAAACACUGGUUUUCUUCCAGGGAAUUUCUCCAUCUCAUUAUAAUGGAACUUCGUGGAAUGAACCAAGGGCAAAGAGCUGUGUAGGGCAACAAGAACCUGUGGCAGGCUCAAGAUUUCCAGGAGGACUGCCACCAGCUGUGGAUGUGCUAAAGAGUGCACUGAGAAAGAUUACAAAGCCUGUGAAAUUGCUUGAUAUAACACUCCUUUCUCUGCUACGUAAAGAUGGACACCCUUCAAUUUAUGGGCUUGGAGGACCUACUGCAAUGGACUGCAGCCAUUGGUGUCUUGCUGGUGUUCCUGAUACUUGGAAUGAAAUUCUUUACAAUUUCAUUCUUUGAUUGAAAAGAAUUAAAAUUAUAAUUAGGCAGAAAUUGCAUGCACUAUUAUUUUAAAACUAUUAUUUUAAAACAAAAUAAUAUAAUAAAAUUGUCAUUGCAUGGCUUUUAUCGAA